AUGCUUGAGACUCAAUCGGUUGGACGGCAGGUGUCAUCACGCGAUUGGCCGGAAGACGGCCCGGAAUACGAGAUCAUAAAUCCAGACAAACCCGAAACACCUGUCAAGCCGUCCACACCUGUCAAACCUGUCAGACCUGUGCGACCAACGGCCAGACCGGACCGAUCGCCCGGCGCUGACUGGAGCUGUGAGUUUGAUCGUAACGACUGCGGUGUCAUCAAUGACCAGAUCGUUGGCAACUAUUUUAAACUCAGAUCAAACCAAAUGAGACCACUAUUAGGACAAACCAAUUACCUGUGGCUUAACAUAACAGACACGACGUCGAUGUCGAGUGGCGCCCGACUCAUCACACCUUACUUUCCGACCAAAAAUUAUCCUAAAGGCUGUCUAAGCAUUGAUUACAUGAUGAGAGGGAAUGGCAUGAAAGAGAUGAUAGUCUAUCAACAGGAGGGAGAGAAUCGAUGCCUUUGGAGCUAUAGCUCACACGAGACGAGUGGUGACAGCAUUGGGACGACAACUGAAAUGUGGCACAAGUUGUCGCUCGGCGUCGAUCUGACGGCCGGUUCGCCGCGUUUUUUCGUUGAAACCCAUUUUGAUAACAGACCACCAAAUGUGGGUUCGCUCGCUAUCUCUCGCAUUCAAUUCACUUGUAAUGAAUGCCAACAAAACUCUGCCAAUAAUUGCGGACAUAAGCCGGUAGUCAACGAUGAAUCGGACAGUAGUACUGAUGAUUAUCAAAAUGAUUUUCCGUAA